UGUGUUGCUGUGAUGAUCAUAUUAUAGCAACCUGACCAGAAGGGUAUUUGGAACAGACAUCCAUCUGGGUCCAAUCAUCUCUUAUUCACCCCGCUUCUUAAGAAACAGUCCCAUGACUGUUGAUGUGUUUUUGUUUUCAGCUGCACCUGAGUCUCUCCCUGAGCACAGGAGGAGAUGACGGGCUGAAGGGCAAGAGAGACACAGAAAUCAUCCCAGUGCAAUCUCUCAACCUGCUGCUGAAGAGUAUCGGAGCAACACUCACUGAUGUUCAGGACGUCGUCUUCAAGCUGGCCUUUUUUGAGUUGAACUUCCAGUUCUGCACCACUCAGCAGCUACAGUGGGAAGUCAUCAGACACUAUUCCAAGCAGGCUAUCAAACAGAUGUAUGUGCUGGUGCUUGGGCUGGAUGUACUGGGAAACCCCUUUGGUCUGAUCAGAGGGCUGUCAGAGGGAGUGGAGGCUUUCUUCUAUGAACCCUAUCAGGGGGCUAUUCAGGGCCCAGAGGAAUUUGUGGAAGGAAUGGCCCUUGGAGUAAAGGCUCUGGUGGGGGGAGCUGUGGGAAGUAUAGCAGGCGCGGCCUCCAGGAUUACAGGGGCCAUGGCUAAAGGUGUGGCUGCCAUCACGAUGGAUGAAGAAUAUCAGCAGAAGAGACGAGAAACAAUGAACAGACAACCGACCGGGCUGAAGGAGGGACUAGCCCGAGGAGGAAAAGGACUGGUUUCUGGUUUUGUCAGUGGAAUCACAGGGAUUGUUACCAAACCAAUUAAAGGUGCACAAAAGAAAGGUGUUGCAGGCUUCUUUAAAGGUGUAGGUAAAGGGUUGGUGGGUGCAGUUGCCAGACCAACAGGGGGCAUCAUUGACAUGGCCAGCAGUACUUUCCAGGGCAUUAAGAGAGCAACUGAGACAUCACAGGACGUGGUGUCUCUCCGUCCUCCUCGCUUCAUCCAUGAGGAUGGUGUCAUACGACCAUAUAAGGAGAGAGAAGGCCUUGGCAGUCAGAUGCUCCAGAAAAUUGAGAACGGACGUUUUGCCAAGUACAGAUACUUUGCUCACGCUAAGGUCAAUGAUUCUGACUUUUUCAUGAUCACAAAGAGGGGCAUAUUUUUCGUGACCAAAGGCACGUUUGGUCAGCUGACCUGCGAAUGGCAGUAUCUGUUUGAAGAGUUCACCAAGGAACCGAUGAUCAUCGAGGACCGACGACUUCGCAUCGAAGCCAAGGAGAGAGUAAAAUCAGUCUUCCAUGCCAAGGAGUUUGGGAAGAUCAUAAACUUCAAGACUCCCGAGAUAGCCAAGUGGGUUCUUGACAAAUUGGAGGAUGCCAGAGACAGCCUGCCCAAACUUCACAGAGAAGAGCAAAACAGAAACCAGGUGUAAACAUAAAAAGGGACAUUGAAGAGAAAAAAGAAGGCGAUGAUGCAACGUACCAGAUGCCAACAGCUGUAGAACACCAUCAUACACACAUAUGCACACACACACAUACACACAAACGUGUACAGUGUUAGUGCGUGUGUGUGUACAUGCUUGUGUGUCAGUGCCUUUGGUUUUCACGGCAUGCUUGUUUUGUUUACCUCCAUGUGUGAGCAGAGCAAAAAAAAAAAAAUCAAAUAAUGCUGCGCGUCCUUGACUGUUGUGUGAUGAGGAAGAAAGUUUGUCAGAGUGCAUGCAAACAGGAGUGCUGUCUAGGAACAGUUGUACUCUCAUACAUGUAUGAACCAUCAUAGACUGUGUAUAAAAAAUGGGUGAAGUUGUGUAGUUGUAGAAGUGACUGAAUGAAAUUUUCUUUCCUAAAUCACAGCCUCAGUUUAUUGGUUUGAUUGACAGGAGAAACCUGUGGUGUGGUUGUCAGAUUUACAACUGAACAUUUUACACCUGUUAAGAUUCUGUUGUUCACACCAGUUCUUAUUUAGAUACUUGUGCCACUGAUCAGUCAAUCGGUGAACCUCAUUGAAACUCCGUUCCGACUUUGCUUUUCAAACUAAAACUUUUCAUGACGAAUAUAAUAUAUCCAAUCUUGCAGUAUACUCAGUAGACAGCAGUGCACCAUUAAGUAUCGAACUGUAUUUUUACAGAAAUCAAUUUACAUCUCACUUCAUUUUCAGCUGGUUCACAAAACAAUGUUAUGUCACUGUUCUCUUUUUAGCAGUGGUCCCAGUAGAGAGAGCUACAUUUGCUACAUUGUAGGAACCUUUGAUAAACCUUAAAAAUACAGCUCUGCUCUAGCCCUUAGUUUGAACAGUAGCUGGUCAUCUGGACCACCUUCCUCUGCAGAGUUUAUAGUUAUAACCACUAGAUUCAAGUCUUCACCGUAACAAUGUAAUUUUGACAGUUACAGUCCUGUUUAGAGGAAAAUGAGGAGUGAUGUUUACACAGUGUUUCUUCCGAUUCCAGCAGUACCAUCUCUGGUUGUCUUCUACAGUGUUGCGUUACAAUCACAAGUUUCUCCCAUUUCUUAUGCACGGUCUAUUUUCACCACAGUUGCCCUGAUUGGAUGUUUUUUACCCUUUUUUUAUUUGCUCUAAUUUCACUUAUUUGCACACAUGAAAGAUGGUCAAUUCCACCUUUUAUUCAAACUAAUGCCACGUCCUGGGUUUACAGUCACAUCUGGUGGAAUCUACAAUGCUGGUGUAAUUAGAACAUUUAUUUUUGAUAGCUGAGCUCAUUGCACUCGCUCCAAAUAGAUAGUAAGAACACAAUUUUCACUAGGUUCCUUUUUUUUGUAUUUGCUUUCAAAUGAGUGGCUGUGGAGGUGUUGCCACAUUAUUCUACAGCCUUUGUUGUUUGAGAAGAGCUUUCACCAUAUCAAGGCCAGAUAUUAAUGGUAGCAUAAUGAACCAAGAUAGAUAAUAAUUUAUUUAAAUGUGAUACUAAGAUAUUAUUAUGGGAACCUUUAACAGUUGUUUUCUUUUUACGUCUCCUCAUUGUUUUUCUUUUCAUAAUAUCCAUCCACAUGGCAAACUGUUGAGUGAUAAUGAUAUUUUUAUACUAUACUUACUCCUGUAGAGCGGCUGUAUAUUGGUCUGAAAAGAUGUUGUAUCUCUACAUCCACCCCCACCACAUACAAGUCUGUUCUAUGCCAUUGCAAAGUGUAAUUUUAUGAUUUUUAUGUUUUUAUACCACACAUAUGCAACAUUACCUACUGUAAAGUGAAGAAUAAUGCAGAGCAAUAUUGAAUAUUGAGUGAAUUUGAACGAAUUAGUGCUAAUUAUUACACUACUAUUCUACACAUAUUUUAACAUAAAGCUUUGGUUUUGGAGAUGCAUAAUCAAAGUUUCCAUUUUCAGUUUUGUCCUUGACAUGUGUGACAAAACAAUGAUUCACUAGAGUGGUUUCAUUUUUUUUGUUCUUUUUCAAAAAACAAAAUAUAAGUUUGCAA